AAAUAUCUGAUGAUUCAGAAGAAUUUUAUUAUAAUAUUUUUUAAUUUCUUCUAAAGAUAGUGCAGAAAUUGUAAGAUUAAUUUGUUUAAUGAAAAAGGAAUAUAAGAAAAUGUUCAAAAUAUUCUAAAGUGAUUCACAAAUGAAUCACGAAACACGUACAAGUAUUUAGUUUACGCUUGGCUUUUGUGGCUGCAAAAAAAUAAAAUCGUAAAUAUCAAAACAGUGGUAAUAAUUUUCGGGUCGUUUUCCCAAUUAAUGUGCCUCAAGAGUGAAAAAACACCAUGAAUUUGGGCGACAAUCCAUACGGCAAUGGCCUAAGAUAUGCUGGCUUCAAUCAAGAUCAAGGAUGUUUUGUUUGUGGCACUGACGACGGCUUCCGGGUCUACAAUUGCGAUCCACUGAAAGAAAAGGAGCACCAGUAUUUCCCUAAUGGGGGUCUGGGGCAUGUGGAAAUGCUCUUCCGGUGCAACUAUUUGGCACUUGUUGGAGGCGGCGUUGUCCCCCUUGCCCCGCCGAACAGAGUCCUCGUCUGGGACGAUUUACGGAAGUCAUCUGCUAUUAACCUGGAUUUCAACACACCCGUCAAAGCUGUCCGGCUGCGCAGGGACAGGAUUGUCGUGGUGCUCGAUGGCAUAAUAAAAGUCUACUCCUUCGUGCAGCAGCCCCAAGAGCUCUUUGUGAUCGAAACGGGGCCUAAUCCACUGGGAUUGUGUGUUCUCUGUCCCAGCAGCAAUAAAUCUCUCUUGGCUUAUCCAGGACGCCGUGUUGGGCACGUACAGAUUGCCGAUUUGGCCAAUUACGGGAAACUCCUUCCAUUGGAGAUAACUGCCCAUGAGGCAGCUCUUAGCUGCCUAGCGCUCAAUUUGCAAGGCACACGCCUAGCCACAGCUAGUGAGCGUGGCACAUUGAUUCGUGUAUUUGACACAGAAACCGGGAAUAAGGUGGCAGAAUUACGUCGAGGAACGAAUCAAGCCACAAUUUUUUGCAUCAACUUCAAUCAUGAGUCCACCCACUUGGUCGUAUCAUCAGAUCAUGGUACAAUUCACGUAUUCACGCUGGAUGAGGCAAAGUGCAAGGAAAGCAGCAGUCUCCCCAUAAUUCCCAAGUACUUUUCCAGCAAUUGGUCCUUCUGCAAAUUCUCCAUCCCCCAAGGUCCGCCCUGCAUCUGUGCUUUCGGUGCUGAAAGCAAUUCUGUCAUCGUUAUCUGCGCAGACGGUCACUACUACAAAUUCCUCUUCAACAGCAAGGGCGAAUGCAGCCCUGUUCUCUGCACGCAGUUUCUGGAGCUGAGUGAUGAUCAGACAGAUGAUCAGCACACCUAAAUUCCCUGAAAGGAAAUUAUUAUGUAUAAUUUCUAAAGAUUUAUGUUUAUGCCUCAUAUUUACCCAAGAAUGAUCAUCAAUUUGAUCAUCCCUCUAUUGUGGUUUAAUGACUCUGAAAAAAUCCUAUAUUUUGAGAUAAUUUCUAUUCGGAUAGUGUUGUCAUGAUAAAGAAAAAAAAAUAAUAAUCCUGUUGUUAACUGAACAGUAGAUGAGAUAUAGACCAAAUUAAGAGAAUAAGAAUAAAACUAAUAAAUAAUCCCUGAAAA